UGGGAGACGAGUGGGUCGAGGACCGAUCGUGUCCACAGUAGCCGCGUCCGUCGUGAGAGUCGAUGAAGAAAACAUGGCUGCAGAAUGGCACACAGUUGAGGAAUGGUGUGAUAGUGAAACCCGAGAUGGGCUUCUUUUGCUUCGAUGUCCUCUAUUGUCAAUUACAUCAGCUUGACCCUCCAAAAUCGCCCAGCUUCAGUAAUGAAGCCUUCCCAUUAUUUGUAACAUGGACUACUGGUAAAGAUAUGAGGCUAAGGGGCUGUAUUGGUACAUUCAAUGCGAUGCAAUUACAUGCUGGUCUUCGAGAAUAUGCGGCAACCAGUGCGUUCAAAGAUUCACGUUUUAAUCCUAUAACACGGGAAGAACUUCCACGCUUACAUGUAAGCGUUUCAAUUUUGAGACACUUUGAGGAUGGUGUCGAUUAUUUAGAUUGGGAAGUGGGUGUUCAUGGAAUUCGUAUAGAAUUUCACAAUGAAAAGGGUAACAAACGGACUGCGACUUAUUUACCUGAUGUUGCAACAGAGCAAGGGUGGGACCAGAUACAAACAAUAGACUCACUACUACAUAAAGGUGGUUAUAAGGGACUGGUCACUCCAGAUAUUCGGCGUAGUGUGAAAUUAACACGAUAUCAGAGUGAAAAAAUUACUGUAAGCUAUCAGGAAUAUAUGUCACAUUGGCAUACUCGAAGAUGCUAGCAGCUGGCCUGGGGUCCUAGUCAAGGACCCCAAUUAUCUCAAAAUUCUAUUGCAGUUCACUAUAACACUGACACCUCUCAUACUUCUCAUUUACCAUAUAAUAGUACUCAAUAUAACUCUUACAUGGCCAGUCAAGAACACGGGUUAGUGAUGACACAGCGCAAUCAUCCUACAUCUUUUAUACAUCCCCUUCCAAUGCCCCCUGUUUCACCUGUUAUGGUGCCAAUAUGGGAUUAUUCCUCAUUUUGGUGGGAUCAAGCAGGUCAAUCCUAUUCUCAUUUACAUCCCCACAUGCAUCCUCCUCCUUGUGUUCAUCGCUUUUCAUCCCAAGAAUGUGCGGAACGUGGAAUUCGUAAACGCAAAUGACAUUGGAGGCGGUUGUUGUUUGCAAUUUUUCAUUGUUUGAAGUGGUGCCUAUUAUACUUUGUAUGUUUAUGCAUACACAGUUUUCCCCUUAUGAUACAGCAGAGUUGUCCUUGAAAAUAAUAAAAUUUUAUGUAUGAUGGCACUGUCUUAUUUCUCUAAUAAUUUUCACAUGGUACAUAAACCAAAUUAUUAGUUACCUAAUAAUUGGUAUAGAUAAUUAUAAAAUAUAAUAAAAAUUGCAUUAACUUUUAACUUCAAUAUUAAUAAUCAUUAAUCAGACUACAUGUCGAGUACUCAGAUUUUUAAACUUAUACUAAAAUUUAAUUACUUUGUCUCGCAUGCUUUCAUGCGUUUGUAACUUACAUGACGCUAUUCAAUCAACAAACGGAAUAAAAAUAUAAACUUAGCUCUGCCAUCAUACUUAUCACAUGUCCAUUUACAUUUAUGUCUGCAGUAUACGAGUGACAUAAACAUAAACAGUGAUGCUGCCUGCAAUUCACUGCCUGCUUAAUAAGGUUUAAUGUACAAAUUCAUGCGAAAAUAUGUUUGUAUUAUUCGUAUACUACGAAGAACAUAUAAUAUCAGUCUUAGGUCUAUACAUAAACUAGGGGUGUGUGGGAUUCUGAUUAAGACGAGAAUAUUUUUCGGGGUCAGGGCAGGAUCUCGAGAAUGUUCGGAAUUUCCAAAAAUACUGCAACGCCUGAUAGUUUUCGAUUUUUAGAUAUACAUAUCGUGAUAAUCGAAAAAGCUUAUGUUACUAAUAUUGUAGAAAGGAUUGAAAAUUUCAAGAAUACUGGUACAUAUUUCCGAAUAGAUAGUUAAUUUUGUACACUUUUGGGAAACCUGGAUAUUUUUGGAAUCCCGAACACACGAGUUUUUUUCGGGAUCGUGCAUACCUCUACAUGUAUAUAAAUAAAUAAAUGAAGGGUGAAAAAACACAGAUUUUCUAUUAAUAGUGUUUCCUUCUAUUAAUGUUCUGUUAAUUUAUGUAUAGCAUAAAGUUACUAAUUACAGCAUAAUUUUUGUAUAAUUACAUAUUUUUAUGACAAGUUAUGAAGGGUUUGCAUACAAAAUUGCAUUAGUAUGGAUUAAGUAAUUAGUCAAAAUAAUAUGCUUUAUUCCUUCAAGAAAAUUAGAAAUGAAGAACGUUUUUCGGUCUUUCUUAUUGUUGUUCUUUUAUAUGUGAUGAUUGAUCCAUAAAUAGUAAUAAAUAUAGUAAUUUUAAACUUAUUAAUUGAAAUUCCUUUGUACUAAUGGUAUAAAUAAAAGAUUUGUAUUGCAUUAUGUGCAAGUAGUUAUAUAUAUAUGUAUUAUAUUUAUUCAUCUGGGUUUGCGAAGGUGUAAUCCGCAAGAGUGGCUAUCUCAUAGAUUUCGUCGUAAUUCUAUUUUGUUUUUUUUUUUUUUUUUAUACCAUUGUUACAUUGAAAUUUAUUUUCAUAAUUAUAGUUAUAUUAUAGUCCAGCAUUGUAUUAUAGCAAAGAAUUUACACCAAUG